CGUUUUAUUGAAGACGAAGAUAACAGAUCUGAUCGUUCGUUAACACCGUAUUUGUCGGACGUGUCGGACGACAAGCCGUCGCGAACCAAACCCGGGCCGCACUCUAGCAAAGCGUCAUCGCGUGCGGGCCCGGCCUCGUCAAAGCCCGGACCCAAGUCUAGCAAAGCCGCGCCCAAACCCGGACCCAAAUCAAGUAAAGCAUCGGCUCCGGCGGCCGCCAGACCCGGCCCUAAGUCUAGCAAAAUAGGGCCCAAAUCGUCGAAGAAAUCCGAUUACAUUGCACUCGAUUCUGACGCGUCGGACGCCGAAGACUACUACACGUCGAGCGCGCGCUCGCGAAGAAGUGGCGCCAAAGCAGUCAAUUAUGACGACACUAAUGAGAGGACGUCAACCAUAUAUAGCAGCUCUAAGACCAAACCCAAAGCGGCCGCCAAACGAAAGCCAGCCGCGAGAACUACAGCUAAACAAUUGGCAGAUGAGGUGCAGUCGGCCAUCGAUUCAAUCACUCCAUCCUUUGAUUCGGACGACAAUGUGUCGUAUGGGAAGAGCUAUUCAAACAACAUAUUCAGCUCCACUUCGGACUACUUGUUGUCACCGAAAAUGGUUUGGCGUGAGUUCGACGCCGAUAUCAUUCAAGUGGACGAAAACUAUUACCCGACGUCAAGCAUAGACGCUAUGGUGACCACUGAUCCCAAAGUGUCGUUCAAACUCACUCCAGACUAUAUCAUUAAACCAUAUCUGGAGCGAUACGAUAAUAAUCAGGACUACUGGGACACCGUUCGCGCGGAGUUGGAUCUCGGACUCAAUGGCGGCGGCAGUGGAGGCGGUGGUGGUGUCCGGAAGGGCCGCACCGGUGGCACCAAAAGUAAGGGUGCGCUUAAAGAUUUUUAUACUUUACCGCAAUUGAAUGAGAGGGCGAUAUCUAAAAGCCCCGAAAGGCCGGCGCCGGCCCCGAAAGCCACUGCCGCUAGUAAAAAGUCCGCCACCAAAAAGCCAUCCAAUAGAGCGGCGGACGAAGUGGCGAGACUCGUGUCCGAGGCGUCAGAUUUAAUUAAUAAACCGUUGGGCAAAAGGGGCGCCCAAUCCAAACCGGUGGCGAAGGCCACUCCGGCCCCCAAACCCAAAGCGGCGCCAGUGGUCGCUAAGAAAUCUGUGCCGCCUAAAGCCGUCGGCGGCUCUAAGUCUAGGUCGAGCGCUAGUAAAUCGAAAUCGCGUGCGAAGAGCGGCGGCGGUGCAAAAGCCGGCGUUCGCGACACUUCCCGAAACCGUAACUCUAAGCGGUCGUCGGCGAGACAGCGGGUGCCGCGCGGUGUGACCAGCGCUACGGUGUUUAACGCCAUUAGCAUUCCCUUCUAUGAGUCAGACAUUGUGUCCGUCACUGAUCUGACGGGACAUAAGAAACGCUCUCAUCUGAAAUCUCUGUGCGACGACUUCGAGCUAAGUGUCGACAAACUGCCCGAACGCUAUCUGAACCGUUAUCGUCACCACGAGAUCAGUCCAUUCCUGUUCGACAAUAUCUAUUACAACGACUACAGCGGUCUUCUGCCCGACGAAGAGUCGCAGUUCACUCAGGAUGUGCUGAUUGUUAUGAAAGAGUUGGUCUCGUCUGUGGUGUCGGUCUCGCAGUGUGUGAAUCAAAUAGUGAAAGACGUGGAGCAAGAGAUAGAGCCGCAGCCUAUGAUAGACAUUGACGAGUACUACGAGUCACCCGUCGAUGAGGGCAGCAAUGACUGGAAUUAUGAAGAAGAGGAACAGGAAGUGAUUGGCAUCGCUGUCGAUGAGUACGGCGUGGCUAUCGGUGCCGUUGAGAAGAACAAUGACCAGAGCUAUGAGACGACGGCCAAUGUGUUUGAGAAUGGGAUCAACGGAACGGCUGAUCCGUUAAGUGAGGCAUUGCUGAAGACUUUCGGUGAAGAUAAUGACGACAACAACUCUAAUGACGGGGAAGUGAACGGCGAAACUGUUCCCAAUAACGGCGAAGAAGAGGAGGGCCAGCAGGAGGUGGAAGAUAAUGGAUAUGAAAGCCACUGCCAAAGGGCUGUGCAACACAGCGAUGACGAAGGCAUUGAAGAGUCUAACGAACAAAUAGCCCAAGAAGUGGAGAAGUUGUGCGCUGACACUCAACCACUACAACACCGUUACUCCGAAAUCACUCCAUUGGAGAACUCGAAUGAUUCUUCUGUUGAACAAAACGCCGCCGAAUAUCAGACCAAUCAAUACGAAGGACAGGAAGAGGGGGAAGAAGAUGAUGAGGAGGAGGACCCGAACUCUAACCAAUCAAACGGUCUGCCCGGCGAUCAAUGUCUGGAGCCGUUCUCCACGGAACCGGUGAGUCAGCCGAGUCCACUGCGACAGUUCCGUAUGUCGUCGACCAACUAUAACACACAAGUGUACGACCCGUACAACAGCGGAUCAGCACCGGCUCAGAGUCAGCCGCAGUACCACCAGAACCCACUUCAGAAUCCAAUUGUGCCAACACUACAGGUGCCGCACAACACAGUCGGUCACUAUCCCAACGCUAACCUCUUCGCCGCGCAACAGAAUGAUCUCGUCGUCCACGUAAUCGACGGUCAGCUCCGGGUGGGCGGCGCUCAU